AUGAUUGCCUUCAUGCCCCCAUGCCCUCUGGUCAUUGCCUUGGUGCCGGACGAUCCGAUCGCACAUCAAAUUGAAGACGCAAUCAAGAAAUCCACACAGAACACCACCAUCACGUCGUCGAAGCCCUCAAAAUCAUCCUCCAAGUCUAAAUCAUCCAAAUCCAAAUCAAAGGCUCGCGAUAAGUGUCGCAGCGCCCAGCAGCAGUCGGCCCAUGCACGCCGUUACGCCGUCAUCACCAGCCUCCGUGGCAUCGACCUGAAUGAACUUGACACAGAGUCCAAGAACCCAACCCCUAAAAAGACUGCACCCGUCAAAAGGACGCCCUCAAAGUUGAAAAUAUGGAACAGGCUGAGUAAAGAGAAGAAGGCGGCCGCCGCCGCAGCCGAAACGGCCGACGAGGAAAUGGCCAAGAAACUGUUUUGUUUGUACGAUGUGGUGCAGGAAGAUGCACCGGCAACGGCAACAACUAAUGGACAAUCACAGGCAAAAACAGCUGAUAAGAAAGGAGCCGCCAACCCGGACGUCAUCCUCUGCAACUCCGUUCAGAUGAUCCGAGAAAAACUGGUCAUCGACGACAAGAGCCCCGAGACGGAUUACGUCUACGAUCUCUACUACAUCGAGGAGGGGCCAGUGGACUUGAAUGCAGCGACGAUCGGUAUGCACACAGGGCCGGACCAGGAGCUGAUCUACGAGCACUUUGUGGAACAGGAACAGUUUGAGAUGUACGAGGACGACAGCGAUAGCAACGAGGAGGGGAACUGGAGGAACGAUUACCCGGAAGAUGAGCCAGAUAAGAGGCAUCCAGACCUCUUUGAUGAGCUGAUUGAUGACUACUGCUACGGGGACCAGUCUAGUGAUGACGACUUUGGGGAGUAUUCAGAUUACAAGAAGCGGCCGGGACGCAACAUGCUCAACUACAACGACGACGAUUUGGAUUGCUACUCUUGAGAUGGGGCACCAGUGAUCACCGGUACUUAUGCUUAAAAAACACACAGUACGCACAGGGGUGGGAAUCUACAUGUAGACACAUAAUUUAGUGAUUUGGUGGAGAAAUAUAUAUAUGAUGAGUGACUAUUAUUACUCUUUCACAUAGUCCAUCUGAUGAGUAUUGAUGAUUAUGUACAUUGUUCAUCUUCGUUACCAAACAAUCACCCCAACUGUAGACUUAACAGACCCCAAUUUCAUGAAGCUGCUUAGCACACAAAGUUGCUAAGCAAAGAAAGUUCUUCCUUCGCGCCAUAAAUGGGCAACUGACCAAGUUUUGUUCUAGGCAAAUGGUGUUUGAAGCUUUGCAUGGUGUGGAGAAUAAGAGCAACUAUAAAUAUUAAUAGUAAACUUGCGGGUACA